AUGCAUGCAGUCCAUUUAAUCUGGAGGAGUGCCAACCGACUGUCCGGGUCGUGUGCUGUCAUCCCGUCAGCGGUAUCUGAUACAGGCAAAUAUGGGUAUGUGGAAAUGGCAGCACGCAUUUUUGGAAGACAAGCAGGGCAACAGCGCAGAUUCGCCGCUGUCUCUGAGCUUAAUAUCAUGGUCUGGGGAUAUGAGUGGUCGAGUUUAACAAGACUGUCGGCUGCUGUGCCAUGUUCGGGCGCGUACAGACCAACCCCGGAAGCCGCUGUCUGGGGUCUGACAGCCAAUGGGAACCCAGGAUUCCCAAAAAUAGCACAUCCGCGACAGCUCCACCAAAUUUAA